AUGACGAUAGAGGAUGCUGAUUCUGGUGAACAGGAAACAGAUAUUACAGAAAUAAAUGAAGCAGCUGGGCUGGACCUCUUCGAAGGGGAUAUUGCACUGCCCAGAGAGCGUAAUGCAUUAAGAAAUGAGAAACGCCGAUGGAAACUUCCGAUUCCAUUCAUUCUGGCAGACAACCUGGAUCUCAAUGCCAAAGGGGUGAUCCUUAAAGCCCUUGAAGGAUUCAGCUUAAAGACUUGUGUGGGUUUUAAACCAUAUGAAGGAGAGAAAUCGUUUAUAAAAUUUCAGAACCUUAAAGGGUGCUGGUCCUUCAUUGGGAAUAUGAAGAAUGGCCAAAACAUUUCUGUUGGUAAAGGGUGCGAAAAGAAAGGCAUUGUGACACAUGAACUCUUACAUGCGCUGGGAUUCUACCACGAGCAGGCAAGGACAGACCGAGACGAUUAUGUCAAAAUCUGGUGGAAUCGCAUUGUUCCAGAUCAUAAAAAAGAUUUCAAGAGAAAGAGCAACAGGUUUGUCACGGACUUGAAUACUCAAUAUGAUUAUGAGUCCAUGAUGCACUACCGCCCAUCGACGUUUUCUAAAAAUGAAGGGUUACCAACAAUUACUGCCAAGAUACCCGAAUUUAACAGCAUUAUUGGUCAACGUCUGGAUUUCAGCCGUACUGAUCUCCAAAAAAUCUAUCAAAUGUAUAAGUGCACAAGACCUCUCACCCUUCUGGAUCAGUGCGAUUUUGAGUCAGCUGAUGUAUGUGGCCUGGUUCAGGAAACAAAAGAUGCUGCUGACUGGCUUCACAAAAAAACCGACUUUAAACAUCAGGAUCAUACGCUCAACGGAAAGUGCAACGAUGGUGGCUACUUCAUGUUUUUCGACACCAGCUUUGGUAAGGCAGGAGAAACCGCUGUCUUGAAAUCUCGUAUUCUGCACCCACGGAGGACGCAGCAGUGUCUCCAGUUCUUCUUCAGAAUGACCGGAAGCCCCAAGGAUAGGCUUUUCAUAUGGGUUAUGAAAGAUGAUGGCUCUGGAACCGUUCGUGCUCUACAUAAAAUUCAAACUCUUCAAGGUGACAGUGACAAGAACUGGAAAAUUGCCCAUGUGAUUCUCAGAGGUCAAGAAAAGUUUCGGUAUCUCUUUGAAGGGCAAAAAGGCGAUCCCGAGCACUCAUCUGGAGGGAUUCUCAUUGAUGAUCUCACCCUCAGCGAAACCCGGUGCCCGAACGCGGUGUGGCUUAUCCAUAACUUCUCUCUUCUCCUUAACUCCUCUGAGGACUAUGCCGCAAAACUGAAAAGUCCCCGAUUUUAUAAUCCUGAAGGGUACGGUUAUGGUAUGAUGCUUUCUCCAAGAUCCUCAGGCAAGCCUGAUCAUAAAAAACACGUCCUUAUUUCUUUUCACUUGGCCAGUGGAGAGAACGACGAUGUUCUUGAAUGGCCAGCUCUAAACAGACAGGUGACCAUCACUGUGCUAGACCAACAUUCUGAUGUCAAGGAACGGUGGUCCAUAGAAAAGAGCUUCACAACUGAUAGUGCUCACGUUUUGAAAGGCAUCAAGAAUGCCUCCAGGUGGGGAAACCCCUCUGUUCUUGGAAAAUUCGAUCCUUCGUGCGAUUGCAGGAGGGGUCCAGGGUUGGAAUGGAGAAGAUUUGUUACACACGAACAACUAAGACAAAGGAAUUACCUGAAAAAUGAUGACCUUAUUAUCUUGGCAGACUUUGAAGGAGUGAUGUCAUCGCACAAGCACUGUGAGCGUGUGUGCACUUCCUGCAAGUGUGAGAAAAAGACUCCUGGGAGGCACAAGGUGCGCCACAAGCAAAAUUUUCUUCUGCACAAGAGAGAAAUGCCAGACAGCACGUAUUCAUAUUCUUCUUCCUCAAAUAUUUAUCUGCUGUUCCUUGCAUAUACAAGCAACAACAAGGGAUGGAGGCAACGACAAGCCUUCCUCCUCUAUGUGCUGUACGAAGCAGCCAGCUUGGAGACUUAA